GGGAGUGAUAUCCACAUGCUCACGCAACCGUUGGUGCUUGGUCAUGAAGGUAUUGGAGUUGUCGAAAAAGUCGGAGUGGCUUGCACCCAGGUGACCGUCGGUGACCGUGUCGGUUGGGGCCCCGCCAGCUCGACAUGUGGAAACUGCGACAUGUGCACCACCGGAAAGGACGCAUAUUGCUUCAAUGCCAAGUACUACGGAUUCCAUGACUUUGAGACCAAUGGUUCUGUCUGCAGCCACACAGUCCGUAAGGAGCAAUGGCUAUUCAAAAUCCCCGAUGCUAUUUCCUCUGUCGAUGCUGCUCCUUCAAUGUGCGGUGGCGGUACCAUCUGGGUGCCAUUAAUCGAGCACUGCAAGGCUUAUGAACGUGUCGGUAUUGUCAGAAUUGGCGGUCUCGGCCACCUUGCCAUUCAAUUCGCAGCGAGAAUGGGCUGCGAUGUCAUUGUCUUCUCAUCCACCGAGGACAAGCGUGAAGAGGCCCUGAAGCUCGGUGCUAGCGAGUUUUACGCGACAAAAGGAGUAUCGGACUAUGACCAACUCAACGUGCCAAAACCAGUCGACCGUCUUUUGAUCACAACUUCGGCCAAGUUUAAUCUGGGCCUGUUCUAUCCUGUGUUGGCUCGCAAUGCUACUAUUCUCCCCUUGUCUGUCGAUGGUGGAGACUUGACUGCUCCGUAUAUGCCCACGAUUAUGUUCGGAAAUAGCAUUGUGGGCAGCUGUAUUUGUAGUCGUCACCCUCAGAGCAGAAUGCUUGACUUUGCUGCGCGCCACCGGAUCUAUAGCAUCGUUGAGAAGUAUCCUAUGACCCUGAAGGGAGUUAUUGAAGCUGCAACUAGAUUGAGGGAUGGGAAGAUGCGAUACCGUGCUGUUCUCAGCUGGGAUGCUUAAAUUAACAUAUAUAUACUCUCCAGUAUUUUACAUUUCUAUCUGAAACCUGUCUGUAGAAAUUUCCAG